UUUUCGAUACUUACAAAACCUCGCUUCUAUUCCCUCAUUUAAUGCUCAAGUUUAUGGUACAAAAAUCUCACUCUCUUCAGCACUUCACUCUUCUUUCACUAAAAUAAAUAAAGAGCAGGGUCCAAUCCUCAAACAUCCCAUAAUCAUUGAAUCCCCGGUUACUAUAAUCUUACAUUAUUAAAUUCUUGAUUUUUUUCACACUAGCUUUGAGCACCACAACAGAAGUUGGUAAAAGCUGAACUCUCUGCAUUAGUUAAAGGAGUCAUUGUUGCAAGAUUUAACCAAGGAAUGUGGCUUGCAUUUUGCCAUUAUUGAAAGUCAUGAAGAAGAAUUCUACUUCCUUGAGGAAUUCGGGUUUGUAUACUAGCCCAGCAACACCAGAAUAUGGAGAUAUUAAUCAUGUCAGAGGAUAUCAAAAGGGCUGGAGUUCUGAACGAGUCCCAUUGCCAAUUAACAGGCAUAUUAGUGCCACUGCAUUGAUGCCUUUCAAUAGUGGAAGGACAGUGCCUUCAAAAUGGGAUGAUGCUGAAAGGUGGAUUACUAGCCCAGUGUCGAGUUACGGUGUUUGGAAGACUCCAAACACGCAACUCUACAGGCGCCCCAAGUCAAAAAGUGGACCGCUUGGGGCGCCUGGGCUUAUGUACUUGCCGAACUAUUCACCCUCCAUGCCAGUGUUAGAAGGUGGAAGUAUAAGUAACUUCAUUGCAAAUUCACCAUUUACAACAGGCGUACUUGUGCCUAAUGGUGUAUCCAUUCAUUAUGGUGCCAGAGGUGUUGGAAUCCCUGGUGCUCUAUAUGCUGAGGAUAAUAUGGCUCGAGCAACUAGUGCUUCCCGUCUGUCAGAUUUGUCCAGUGAAUAUUCAGAAACAAGCUCCCAAGAUGAUGACACCAAGGAGCCAGAUUCUGUUUCCUGCACAGUUUCGAGGAGAGACAUGGCUACACAAAUGAGCCCUGAUAGCAGUACACAUGCCUCUCCCCAAGAAAGGUCACCUUCAAUCCCUCCUGGAGUAGGGCAGAGCAAGCAGCAUGUUGCAAAAAUCGAGAUUAGAGACGUGCAGGUUGACAAAGGAGCCCCCUUUUCUGGGCUAUCUCGGAAAAGCCGGGCAAGGAAACCCGAGAAAGAAUUACCAGAUGUGAGUGAGUCAAUUUCACCGUGGGAUGUUGCAGAUGGAGUAAACAGCAUUUCAAAGUCGCAAAGAGAGGAAGCCAGGAUAACUGCUUGGGAGAACUUGCAGAAGGCCAAAGCUGAAGCAGAAAUCCAAAAGCUUGAGAUGAAACUAGAAAGGAGAAGGUCAGCAACCAUGGAUAAGAUUACGAACAGGCUUAGAUAUGCUCAGCUGAAGGCCCAAGAUAUGAGACGUGCAACUUCGGAAAGCCAGCCCCGUCAGUCUCGAAGGGAUUCUCAGAGAACCAUUCCGUUUCGGGAGUAUUUCAAGAUUGCCUCAUUUAGCAGUUGCUUUGUUUGCCGUAUCCCUUAAUUGUGUACAGGCAUUCUAAAGUAAAAUUCAAGUCAAAUCCUGGAGCAUCUGUUGUUAUUGGUGAUUUUAGGAACUGAUAACUCAUAGCCGACUGCUCUAUUCAGUAUUAUGUAUUCAGGCCUUGUCACUGAAUCUGGCGGAAUUCUGUACAGAUGAUACCUCUCAGUCUCAUGACCAUGAAAUACGCAGCAAGAAUACGUACGCCAAAACCAAUUAUGGUAAAAUAAAAAUGCAGUGGGGGUAUCAGAUGCA